GGAGAGAUAGGGAAAGGAGGAGGGGGGUGCGCUCUGAAAUAAUAUAGUCAGCCAUUUUUUAUGUAAGGGGAUUUUUUCUUAUUGGGGGGGUUGUUAAAAAAUAAAUAUAAGAGGGCGGCCAUCUUUGUAGCUCUGCCUAGUGUAAAAUAUUUCAAAACGCCCCCCACUUUUUUUCCUGUGCCGAUUUGAAUAUUAAAUAAAUAUCACACAUUCGAGCAAGAAACCGCUUCUUUUUUUUUUUUUGCAUACAAGGACGGGAGCCAAAUGACAGGAAUAUAAUGUCCUCUCCUCUCCGGUCCUGUGAGGAAGACGAGGGCAUGGUGGUUAAUUCCGAGGGAGGAGAUUUUGAUGAAGAAGACGACGACGGAGACGGGAACGCAAGCGACAUAAACUCGCCGGCGGCGCCUCGGGAAACUGCAACAGCAGCAGCAGCAGCCGCGCCAGAAGAAGAACCAGAGAUAUCAGACAGAGAGGUCCCAAUCCGGAAGAAAGGGCGACCGAAGAAGAAGAAGGACACAAAGAAGAAAGACAAAGAAGGGAAACCAGUGAAAGCGAAAAAACGCAAGAAGAUUGACAGUGAUGUAGAGAGAGACUCAGACAGAGAACGGGACUACGGUGAGAACUCAGACAGCGUAGCGAGCGACUAUGGCUCCGGGGAGAAAAAGAAGAAGAAGAAACAUAAAGAAAGGAAAGAGAAGAAAACCAAGAAGAAGAAGAAAGACGAUGGGGACAGAGACAGCAGUCAGGAGGAGACAACAAAGCAACCAAUAGAGCAGAAGACCUCGGCUCAGCUGGCGAAGGAGUGGGGUCUAGAGGAUGUUGAUCAUACCUUCACAGAGGAGGACUACAGGGAACUCACCAACUACAAAGCCUUCAGUCAGUUCAUGAGGCCAAUGAUAGCCAAGAAGAACCCUAAAAUCCCCAUGUCCAAGAUGAUGACCAUCCUGGGGGCCAAGUGGAGGGAGUUCAGCUCCAACAACCCCUUCAAAGGCAACGCCGCCGCGGUCGCUGCCGCCGCCGCCGCCGCUGCUAUCGCUGUCGCUGAGCAGGUCUCUGCGGCGACGGCCUCGCCUGAGCCACCACCACAGCUACCGCCACCGCCAAUCAGAAAGGCAAAGACAAAAGAGGGAAAAGGCCCUGGCUAUAAGAAGCGUAGUAAAAGUCCUCGAGUUCCAGACAAGAAGAAGGCUUUGGCUGUAGCAAAGGCUAAAAAGAUGGCACCCAUUAGGAUCAAACUGUCGCCUAUUGGUGCCAAGAGGAAGAAAAGUUGCUCAAGCGAGGACAUGGACGAAGACGAGUCGGAGCAGGAGGACUCUAGCGUUCACAGCUCCUCGGUUCGCUCCGACAGCUCCGGCAGGGUCAAGAAGAACAAACGAGGGCGGCCAGCAAAGAAGAAGAAGAAAAAUGUCUCGCUGCCUCCAGUCCCAGGUGAGGAGGAGGGCGACGGCUACGAGACGGAUCAUCAGGACUACUGUGAGGUGUGUCAGCAGGGCGGAGAGAUCAUUCUGUGUGACACUUGUCCUCGAGCUUACCACCUUGUCUGCCUGGAGCCCGAGCUGGACAAAGCCCCUGAGGGCAAGUGGAGCUGCCCGCACUGUGAAAAGGAGGGAAUCCAGUGGGAAGCGAAAGACGAGGACUUUGAGGAUUACGAGGAGGACAGCGAGGACCGAGUGAUAUCAGAGGUCUGUGCGGGGCUCCCUAGCGGUGCAGGGGCCGAGGAGGAGGAUGACGACCACAUGGAGUUCUGUCGGGUGUGUAAAGACGGAGGAGAACUACUGUGCUGCGACACCUGUACCUCCUCUUAUCACAUCCACUGUCUGAACCCGCCGCUGCCGGAGAUCCCCAACGGAGAGUGGCUGUGUCCACGAUGCACGUGCCCGCCAAUCAAAGGUCGGGUCCAGAAAAUCCUCCACUGGCGAUGGGGCGAGCCUCCGCCUCCCAUUCCUGUCCCCCCCGCCCCUGACGCCCCACCCGACGCUCCUCUGCCGCCUCCAAUGAAGGGCCGGGCCGAGAGGGAGUUCUUCGUCAAGUUAGCCGCGCAGUCGUUCUGGCACUGCACCUGGAUCACCGAGCUGCAGCUGGAGAUCUUCCACUCUGUGAUGUACAGAAACUACCAGAGGAAGACGGACAUGGACGAGCCGCCCAGCCUGGACUACGGCUCGGGCGCAGAGGAUGAGAACGGAGUGGGGAAGAGCGAGAAGAGGAGGGCCAAGGACCCCCAAUACGCCAUCAUGGAGGACAAGUACUACAGAUACGGCAUCAAGCCGGAGUGGAUGAUGAUCCACCGCAUCAUAAACCACAGUGUGGAUAAGAAGGGAACGUACCAUUACCUGGUUAAAUGGAGAGACCUGACAUACGACCAGUGCACCUGGGAGAGAGAUGACCUGGAAAUCCCUGACUUUGGGAUUUAUAAGGGCAACUACUGGAGACACAGAGACACGAUAAUGAAGGAGGAUCCGGACAAACCGAGGAAGAUGAGGAGCAGGAACCAGGAGGAGGGAGAGGAGGAGGAGUCUCCGGCCUCACCAGUCACUGAUCCGACAAUAAAAUACGAGGAGCAGCCGGACUUUGUGACAUCAACAGGUGGGACGCUGCACCUGUACCAGCUGGAGGGUCUGAACUGGCUCAGGUUUUCCUGGGCUCAGGGUACAGACACCAUCUUGGCUGACGAGAUGGGACUUGGCAAGACCAUCCAAACCAUUGUCUUUCUGUACUCGCUCUUCAAAGAGGGUCACACUAAGGGUCCGUUCUUGGUCAGCGCUCCGCUCUCCACCAUUAUCAACUGGGAGAGGGAGUUUGAGAUGUGGGCGCCUGACUUCUAUGUGCUGACGUACACAGGAGACAAGGACAGCAGAGCCAUCAUCAGAGAGAACGAGUUUUCCUUCGAUGACACGGCAGUCAAAGGAGGGAAGAAGGCCUUCAAACUGAGGAGAGAGGCCACAAUCAAGUUCCACGUGCUGCUGACCUCCUAUGAGUUGGUGACAAUCGACCAGACGGCGCUGAAGUCCAUUGACUGGGCUUGUCUGGUUGUGGACGAGGCUCACCGCCUUAAGAACAAUCAGUCCAAGUUCUUCAGGCGCCUGAACGAUUAUAAGAUUGACCACAAACUGCUGCUGACAGGAACUCCUCUGCAGAACAAUCUGGAGGAGCUUUUUCACCUGCUCAACUUCCUCACACCCAACCGCUUCAAUAACCUUGAGGGCUUCCUGGAAGAGUUUGCAGACAUCUCCAAAGAGGACCAGAUCAAGAAGCUGCACGACCUGCUGGGGCCUCACAUGCUGCGGAGACUGAAGGCCGACGUGUUCAAAAACAUGCCGGCAAAGACCGAGCUGAUCGUCAGAGUUGAGCUGAGCCCCAUGCAGAAGAAAUACUACAAGCUGAUUCUGACAAAGAAUUUUGAGGCUCUGAACUCAAAAGGUGGAGGAAACCAGGUCUCCUUGCUCAACAUCAUGAUGGACCUAAAGAAGUGCUGCAACCACCCCUACCUCUUCCCCGUUGCCUCCAUAGAAGCUCAAAAAAAUCCCAAUGGAGCUUACGAGGGCUCUGCACUCACAAAGGCGUCGGGGAAACUGACGCUGUUGCAGAAGAUGCUGAGGAAACUGAAAGACCAGGGGCACCGAGUGCUUGUCUUCUCCCAGAUGACUAAGAUGUUGGACUUGCUGGAGGAUUUCCUGGACCAUGAAGGUUAUAAGUAUGAACGAAUUGAUGGCGGAGUCACGGGAGCGCUGAGACAGGAAGCUAUCGACCGCUUCAAUGCUCCUGGUGCUUGCCAAUUCUGUUUCCUGCUCUCCACUAGAGCCGGAGGUUUGGGCAUUAACUUGGCCACCGCCGACACGGUCGUAAUCUUCGACUCUGACUGGAACCCUCACAACGACAUCCAGGCGUUCAGCCGCGCCCACAGGAUAGGGCAGGCCAACAAGGUGAUGAUUUACCGCUUUGUGACGCGGGCUAGCGUGGAGGAGAGGAUCACGCAGGUGGCCAAGAGGAAGAUGAUGCUGACCCACCUGGUGGUCCGGCCAGGUCUGGGAUCCAAAGCCGGCUCCAUGAGCAAACAGGAGCUGGAUGACAUCCUCAAGUUUGGAACAGAGGAGCUCUUCAAGGACGAAGUAGAAGGUAUGAAGAACAGUUCAGGGGACAAAGUCGAGGAUGAAGGCAGCGUGAUCCACUACGACAGCGUCGCGAUUGAGAGGCUGCUGGACCGAAGCCAAGACGACUCGGACGACUCGGACGUCCAAAACAUGAACGAGUACCUCAGCUCCUUUAAGGUGGCCCAGUACAUGGUCCGAGAAGAGGACAAGAUCGAGGAGAUCGAGCGAGAGAUCAUCAAACAGGAGGAGAACGUGGAUCCAGAUUAUUGGGAGAAACUGUUGCGGCAUCACUAUGAGCAGCAACAAGAGGACCUGGCAAGCAAACUGGGGAAAGGGAAGAGAAAUCGCAAACCUGUCAACUACAACGAUGCUGCACAGGAGGACCAAGAGUGGCAUGCUGACAUUUCAGAUAACCAGUCCGAGUAUUCAGUGGGCUCUGAGGAGGAGGAUGAGGACUUUGACGAUCGGCCAGAGGGUCGAAGGCAGUCUCGUCGCCAGUUGAGGAAUGAGAGAGACAAACCUCUGCCUCCUCUCCUGGCCAGAGUUGGAGGAAACCUUGAGGUUUUAGGUUUUAACACCAGACAGAGAAAGGCUUUCCUGAACGCUGUGAUGCGCUGGGGGAUGCCAUCUCAGGACGCCUUCUCCUCUCAGUGGCUUGUCAGAGACCUCAGAGGAAAGACGGAGAAAGAAUUCAAGGCUUACGUGUCCCUCUUUAUGCGUCACUUGUGCGAACCAGUGGCCGAUGGCGCGGAGACAUUCGCAGACGGUGUUCCAAGGGAGGGCUUGUGUCGCCAGCCGGUCCUCACCCGCAUCGGCGUGAUGUCACUCGUCAAGAAAAAGAUUCAGGAGUUUGAGCACAUCAAUGGCCGCUGGAGUCUUCCUGAGCUCAAACCUGAGGUCAGCAUAGAUAAGACCUCUUCCAGGGCCUCCUCUCCUGCUGUGAAGACCGCCACGCCCACCCCUGACGCCAGCUACAACAACACACCGUGCACCUCCAAGCCAGCGACCCCUGCUACCUCAGAUAAGCUGGAGAAGAACGGAAAGGAGGGAGAAAAGGAGGAUGAGAAAGAGGAAGGCGAGGCGAUGUCUGAGAGAGAGAAAAGGAUGGAAAAAGAGAAGGACGAGGGGAAAGAGGAGGACAGCAAAAAUACCACAGAAGCUGAAGAGCUUUCAUCUUCAACAAAAGAGGCGUUAAAAACAUCAUCCCCUGGUCAGAAAACCGAAGGCAAAGAAGAGACCCACCUAAAGGAGGAGGAGAAGAAACAAACCGAUGACUCCGCUGCUGCUGCUACAACAAAGGAGAGUAAAGAAGAAUCAACGCAAGACACAGACGUUAAAGAAGAGAAAUCAGCAGGAGAAAAGUCCGUGGAGGAGAAGGAAAACGACAAAGAAAAGCAAGAGGAGAUACAGACGGCAGCAGGAGCGACAGAUGCUAAGGAUAAGAGCGACGGCGCUGACGUAAAAAAAGAGGACGUUAAAGGUGAAAAGGAUGCCGGGAAAGAGGUGAAGGCCGCGAAGGAGGAGGCGCCAAUUUUCACCAAGGGGAACGGGAGGCCGCCGAUUGAGCGACCUCGCUUCAUGUUCAACAUUGCAGAUGGCGGCUUCACCGAGCUGCACACUCUAUGGCAGAACGAGGAGCGCGCUGCCAUCUCCUCGGGGAAGAUGAACGAGAUCUGGCACCGCCGACACGACUUCUGGCUACUGGCGGGAAUCGUGAUUCACGGCUACGCCCGGUGGCAGGACAUCCAGAAUGAACCUCAGUUCGCCAUUGUCAAUGAGCCUUUCAAGUCGCAGGCAAAUAAAGGCAACUUCUUGGAGAUGAAGAACAAGUUCCUGGCUCGACGAUUCAAGCUGUUGGAGCAGGCACUGGUGAUCGAGGAGCAGCUACGACGGGCGGCCUACCUGAACAUGACCCAGGACCCGAGCCACCCGGCCAUGGCGCUGAAUGCUCGCUUUGCUGAGGUGGAGUGUCUCGCCGAGUCGCACCAGCACCUCAGCAAGGAGUCGCUGGCGGGGAACAAGCCGGCCAACGCUGUCCUGCACAAAGUGCUGAACCAGCUGGAGGAGCUGCUGAGUGACAUGAAGGCUGAUGUCACCCGGCUACCGGCCACGCUGUCCCGAGUCCCGCCCAUCGCCGCCCGUCUCCAAAUGUCCGAGAGGAGCAUCCUCAGUCGACUGGCCAGCAAGGGCACUGAGACGCACACACCCCCGCCCAUUCCUCCAGGACCCUACGCAACCCCUCAGAACUACGGAGCCCCCUUCACCCCAGCACCCCCCAGUGCCCUACAUAUGGGAGGGGCCAACUACACUCAGAUGCCACCUGGAUCCUUCAUAUCAGUGUUGAACGGACCUCCCAUGUCUGUGAAGAAGGAGCGGGAAGCGGAGCUGCUGAUCAACCGGCGGGAGCAGCGCAUGGGAGAGGUCAUCUGCAUCGACGACUAGACCACACACACAUAAACUGAAACCCGUCUGCUGCGAACACAUCUUCUCAAGUUCUCAAACUUCACUCUCUGCUGACUGGUACUCCAUGAAAAGCUACAAUCUCACACGUACACACAAACAUUAUACACACACGCGUACCCCCUGCAGUACAUAGUCUCAUAACUUCUUGUGACCUUUUCUCGUCUGCCUCAAACCAUUAUACUCCUCAUACACGGCCUCCUAACACAGGCCUCCUCCUCCUCCUCCUCCUCUUCCUCUUCCUCUUGGGAUGUUUCUAACCUCGUCUACACACACUUUACACACACACCACCUCAGUCCUAAAAAACCUUUAGAUCUCUCAAUACACCAUGUAACCCCCCCCUCCUCCCCCUCCUCCCCCCCCUCCUCCUCCUCCAAUCUUGACAGGAAGCUGCAUGUGAAAAUCAUUUCUCCCUCUGCACUCCAUCCCCUGAAGCAUGCUCUAAUCACAAUAACGCUGAACGUGGAAAGGAAGGGAGAAAAAAAAGAAAAAAAAGAAAAGAAGAAGCUGUGCCUAAUGUUGACUAUUUGGAAUUCUCAAACAAAUACUGGACCUGUGGUCUUUCAGUCUUUGCAACUUUGCGGCUCCAGCUUUUUGUGUUCAUUCAAAUAAACACAUGCAGCAAGUCGUGAUAAUAAUAAUAAUAAUAUUCAGGAAUUGUUCGACCACGUUAAGUAUUUCCCGCCAUCCCCUCCCCACUUCUACGUUCGAGUAUAUGUACAGAGCUUUGAGGUAUUUUUUGGGGGGUUUAGUUCCAAGAAAGGGCCUCGCGCUAUUUUUUGAGGAACCUCCUAUGAAUGUUUAUAACCUUUCAUAAGCAAGUCAGUGUUAUUAAAACGGAUCGAUCAACCCGAACACUCCUUCUCUCUUCUCUCUUUAUCAACCUUUUUCCUUUUUUUUUUCUUUCCAAUUUUUUUUUUUUCUUUCUACAAAAAACCCUGUGAUAUACUUUGCAUAUUUAAACCGCUCAUCCGUGUUCUCUUUGUUUCUACUCUGGCAGUUAUGAGUAUUGUUGUCGUUGAUGUUGCUGUUGUUCUCGCUAUUGCUAUUUGAGACAGAGCUUCUACCAAAAGAGACUUUUUUUUUGUAUGUAUGACACACAAUGCACCUGUUUGGUCUAUAACUGCGAAAGAACACAAACAAAGAAAUUGAGCUAACUUCAGAGGUAGAUAUAUCACUACUUCUCUUCGCUUGUGUUUUAGAUUUGGGGCUUGCAAAUGACAUAUUCAUGUAUAGAAAAUAGGCCAUAUGUAACCCUAGAUGCUUCCCUAAGCAAAAAAAAAAAAAAAAUGCAUUCUACCUAAACUAAGUGAACAUCCGUGGUUAUUAAUCGCCGAAAUCAAAGGCUGGAAAUCCAUUUUAUAAACCGCAUCAUUAAUAAACGCCUUAAUAAACAUUGCUGAGGAAAGAAAUGUAAAAUCACAAACCUGAUUGAAGACCCUGAUGUCAACUGUAAAUUGUAGCUUUAAGUUCAAGGUAAAAAAAACAUAGGAGUUAAUUUAUUCCCUAAAUCCCAGGCAUAACGCUAAUCUUUCCUGGAAGUAAUCAGUUCAUUUUCUAAAUUACGUUUCAUACACAAGUUUUGCAACCCCUGAACUAAAACAUUGUGUAAAAAAAAUAAAAAAACAAGCAUUUAGGUAAUUUUUCCCACUUUUUCUUUGUCCUCUCUUCAGAUUUUUGUGUUUAUUUCUGGGUAUCUUGUGUCACCGUGUAUGUAGUGGUGCCUAUCAAAUGAGUGGCAGUUAAAACAUGUCAAUGAUGACGCAACUCCUUUUUGUCUUUCUUUUUUUUUUUUGUUUAUAAUAAAACUGAUUGAAAUCAUAAAAA